CCUGCUCAGAUCCUGAAUGCGGAUUGGUGCUGCUGUGUGAAAGGCGUGGUUCAAGCUCGAUUAGAUCUUAGAUUGGACAAACGGGAAAUCCACCUAGCAGAGGAAUUUGUCAGAUAAGAGGAGAAAGCACACUUCCUGUAACUCAUUAGACUGCAUGGGCACAGUGGCUUUCUCAGUCUUGGUCAGUGUCCUGUAGGAAUGGAGGAAGGUGCGAGUGAAGUGUGGCUCUGUCCGCUGUGUGUGUUGAUGAUAGCUACCAGUGCUGCAGUGCUGCUGCUCUGGGGCAGAGGUGGGAGGUCAGCGGGGCUGAUGGUCGUUGGGGUGCUGCUGUGCUGUGUGAUCCCGGCUGGAUGCUUCAUAUUGGCGCUUCUGAGUGUGGGCUACACUGUGAUCCACUGCACUGCAGGGAGACAGGAGCUUCUGCUGUCAGCACAGGGCAAAUCAGUGCUGAUCACAGGUUGUGACUCAGGGUUUGGCCACAAUCUUGCUAAGCUGCUGGACAGGGCAGGGGUGAAGGUGUACGCUGGGGUGCUGAAGGAGAAUGGUGCCGGAGCACAGGAGCUCAGGAGAGUUUCAUCUCCACAACUUACAGUCCUGCAGCUGGACAUCACAGACACCAACCAAAUCUCUAAAACUCUGCAGUUUAUCAAGAGCCAAACAGGAGAGACAGGUCUUUGGGGACUGGUAAACAACGCAGGAGUGACUGGCUUUGUGUGUGAUGCGGAAAUUCUUCCACUGAGAAUAUUAAGAAAAAUCCUGGAUGUUAAUUUCAUUGCUGGGGUGGAGAUGACUCUAGCUUUCCUGCCAUUGAUACGACAAACAAAAGGAAGAAUUGUCAAUGUAUCCAGUGUUGGAGGAGAGGUUCCUUUCCCUGGCUUUGCUGCAUAUGGAUCAUCUAAAGCAGCCUUGACUGCCUACUCUGGAGUACUGAGGCAGGAACUGUCCCAAUGGGGAGUCAAAGUGGCCAUUAUUCAGCCUGGGUGUUUCAGGACUAACAUUCUAGGCAAUGAAGAGGAAUGGAGUAAAAUUGAGAAGGAGAUCCUCAGUUCUCUGAUCCAAGAAGUAAGAGAGGCAUACGGGGAGGAGUAUAUCUGCUCCUUGCAGAGACGUUUAAGCGCAUUGACCACAGCAGGCAGCACCGAUACCACACCUGUUCUGGAUGCUAUAACGCAUGCCCUGUUUGCAGAAAGACCCAGAGGCUUUUAUCGUCCAGGACCAUCCGCUGUGUCUCUUUCACUCCUCCACAUGUUCUGCCCAACCUGGCUAUUUGACUUGGUUUUUUCAAAAAUAACUAGGUAUAACAGAGUAAAACCAGCAGGAGUGGUUUCUAAAUAAUGCACACUUUAUAUGGAUCUGAUGUAAAUGUUAAAUUUUAUCAUGUUCUCAUUCACGUUAGAACAAUACACCACUACCAUCCAACAUCAAACCAUGAAAAUACUGCAAGUCUGUUCAAUAGAUGCACCCUACAUAAAUCAAAAUCAAGUGUACUGGAUUUAAGAUUUUAACUGUAACCAUCUGUGAUUGUGUGGCACAUUCAUCUAAAGGAAGCUCACACAUCAGAAUGUUUAGACUGUACAACUUUUAACAUGUGCUUUUCACUUAAAAAUAGGGAUGUAUGACAUCCAGGUUUCUGCUGCCAUUUUACAGCACUUUUGUUACUACAAAUGAAUGUAAACAAA